AGGAAGAAGGCUCGUGACGGGCGGCCGGGGAUCCAACCUUCAAAAAAGCCGGCUGUUCUUUUUAGCGACUUCCCAUUAGAAACCCGGGGAGAUCCAUGGCGACCAAAGCGAUGAAUCUCUGCAAUGUGUGCUGCCUGCUCUUCUACGUUAUCUCCGCGGUGCUCGCCGGGCGAGAUUUCUAUCAGAUCUUGGGGGUGACAAAGAGUGCAUCCAUCAGGGACAUCAAGAAGGCCUACAGAAAGCUGGCUCUCCAGUUACACCCUGACAGAAACCAGGACGACCCGAAGGCUCCAGACAAAUUUGCAGACCUGGGAGCAGCUUAUGAGGUGCUCUCAGAUGAGGAAAAAAGGAAACAGUACGACGCGUAUGGAGAAGAUGGACUCAAAGAGGGUCACCAC